ACUCCCGCUAUAUCAAAAUAGAUAAUUAUGUGCUAACAGUUAACUUUUGUUUGUAGUUUGCUUCAAUAAUUUUCAACCUGCUACCACCUUCUCCUUUUUAUAUGUUUUCUUCAUUUCAAUUCAACUUCCUGUUGCUAUCAAUCUAUCUUAGUUUUGGAAUCUAUGACUUCCACAAUAAUUGAUCAACUAUUUUAAAUGGUUAUAAAAGAUUAUACUAAUCUCCCCUUGUAAUACUGAAUAAUUAUAGUUGACUUUACUAUGAAGUUUUGAUCAUUAAUGGUUUCUUCUAAUUAUAUUUUUUCUUGAUUUAUACUUCCUCAUUUCCAUUGAAUCUUUCUUAUUUUCCAUUCUUAUUAUCCUUCGUCUCAAUCAAAAUAUAUAUGAAAACAGAAAUGAAAAAACUCAUAUGUGGCAUAUGGAAUAUUUUUACUUCCUGGCUCUUUGUAUUCUUCAAGGACCUACUUGUAAACUAUGUUAUUGUCCCCAUCACAAAGCAUUUCAUAUACCCCUUCACUUACAGGACCAACGUUGCGAAACUCGGAGUUUUGACCGAACAGUUGAACAACAGAACUCUCAGGUUGCAGGACUCUGUUGGUGUUGCUGAUGAUAAUGUGGAAGCUGUCUAUCAGAAUGUUAGAAAUUUUCUGUCCGAAUCAGAAACAGUCAUCGAAGAGGCUCGGUUGGUGCUUGCCACUGCCGAAGCCGAAACAAAAUAUUUCUUCGGGUUGCUUCCAAAUCUGAAGACACGUUACUUGCUUAGCAAGAAAGCUGAGUUGAAAGCUUUUGCAAUCAAUCUUCUGCUUGGAAAGGAAGUGAAUGUCCUUACAAUUUCCCACCGUCGCCGACGCCAGCAGCAUGUCGGUCCGUCUGUUUUUGACCUCGAAAAACUUGAUUCGAGGCUGUCUAUUCGGAAGCAAGUUAUGGAUGCUCUAAAGGAUCCUAAUCUUAGCAGGAUCGGAGUGUACGGAAUGAGCGGUGUGGGGAAAUCCACGCUAGCAAAGGAGGUUCACCGCCUCGCUUUAACAGAGAAGUUGUUCGACGAUGUGGUUUUCGUUGCCGUAUCUGGAGAGCACGAUCAGACAGGAGCAAUUCAAAGAAUAAUUGCUGAUGUCCUCGGUGUGAACUUUGCUGUGGAGAAUAGGGAGGUCCGAGCAUCUCAUCUCAUUGAGAGAAUUAAAGAUAAGAAGAUUCUUAUAAUUCUCGACAAUAUCCAGCAAAAAAUUGAUUUAGAUGAUAUAGGAAUACCGACCGGAGCUAAAGGCGAAGGUUGUAAAGUACUGCUGACCUCGUGGAAGAAUGAUAUGGGCGCGGAAAAAGAAUUCAUGCUUCAAAUUCUAAACGAUCAAGAGGCUCGCAAAAUGUUUGAAAAAAUUGUCCCUCAUGCUAAUGACUCACAGUUUGAUAACAUUACCUCUGAAAUCGUCAAAAAAUGUUCCGGACAUCCGAUGCUGAUUAAACUUGUUGCCGGGUACCUACAGAAAUGUGAGGAGUUAGGAAGUUGGAAGGAGAAGCUACGGCAGUUAUCCAACUUUGAAGACAGAGAGAUAGAAUCGAAAGUGUGCGUUUCUUUAAAGUCGAGCUACAAUCUGAUGCACGAUAAUGUCAAAUCAUUUUUCUUGCUUUGUGCUCUAAGCCAAGAGUCCGACAUUCGGAUUCAAUACUUGCUGAGGUAUUCUAUCGGUCUUGGUUUGAUUGGAGAAAGUGUGGCUACUGAUACAACAAGUAUGCACCCUUCGUACAACGAAAGUAUACAAUUUUUCAUCAAUGAACUUCAAAAUUGUUGCUUGUUAAUGAAGGGAGACAUGGAUGGAUAUGUCAAAAUGCACGACAUUGUUCGAAAAGCUACUCUCUCUAUCGCACGUAAUGAGAGACUUGCUUUUACCAGUCAAAGUGGUGUUAGAUUAACGAGAUUGCCGGAUAGUGACUGCUCUAAAAUUUCUUUGUCGUUUUCGAAUCAUCAAGAACUAACCGGUCAGUUUGAGGUAAAAGAUUUCAAAUUCAAAUGCCCGAAUGCAGAUCUGUUGCUGCUCUUCACCGAAGAUAUUUCUUUGAAAGUCUCCCAAUCAUUUUUCGACGGAAUUCAGGAACUCAAAGUGUUGAAUUUUACAGGAAUGCGUUUCAGGUAUCUCCCUUCAUCCAUCAUAAAACUAAAAAACCUGCAAACCUUGUGUUUACAUUGUUGCCAUUUGGAUAACUUAUUUCUCAUUAGACAUCUUAAGCAACUAAAGAUCUUGAGUUUUGUUGACUCCUGCAUAGUUAAGUUGCCCAAGGAAAUAGAGGAAUUGACUCACUUAAAGAUACUAGAUUUGACUAAUUGCUCGAAACUUAAUGUUAUUCCCGCUAAUGUCUUCUCGAAACUUAAGAUGUUAGAAGAGUUGUAUAUGAGCAACAGCUUCGUAGAGUGGGAGGCUAAAGGUAAUGCAAGCCUUAAAGAAUUCAAGCAUUUGUCUCACCUCACAACUCUGGAAAUGAAAGUUCUGAAUUGUGACGCGAUGCGAUGGUCUUUGUUCACCAAUUUAAAAAGUUUGAAAAACUACAAAAUAGUCAUAGGAGAUGUAAGUGAGACGAGAUUGAAUAAUGAAUCAGCAAGAAUGCUGAAGCUCAAGUUCAAGAAAAGCAUUUUUUCGGAACCUGGGGUACGGAAAUUUUUAAAGGAAACCGAUGAUUUAUAUGUAGAUGAAGUACAUGAAAAUGUGUUGCAUGAUCCUGGAAGGGAUGGUCAUUGGAAUUUGAAGCAUCUUAUUGUCCAGAAUGAUCGUGCGAUUCAACAUAUUGUCAAUUCAACUAGUGUGUUUUCAGACCCGGCAUUUCCCAUCCUACAGUCGUUGUUUCUAGAUAAUCUAAUAAGCUUGGAGAACCUUUGUAAUGACUCCUAUGUAAGAGAUUCUUUCAACAAACUGAAAAGUUUAGAAGUCAGAAAUUGUGAGAAAUUGGAAACUCUGUUUUUGUUGUUCUGCGAUGAUCGUCAAGACACUGUUAAAGUUAACUUGACCGAGUUAUCCUCCUUGACAUUGGUCAAUCUACCACUGGUCAAAAGCUUUUGCAUCGAAAGGGAGGAGCCACUAGAAUCUUCUUCGAUAGACGAGGAAUUGACAGCCAACGACCCAGCAUUUCAGGAAGGUAUAUUAUCAGAGAAUCAGCCAAAAUCAGAUUACAUAGAGCCGGUAAGUCUAUGGACUAAGGCGACACUAUGGCUAUGCGCUAAGCUCUCGACACUAUGGCUACUCGCUAAGCUCUCGACACAGUUCAGAAGCUUUUGCAACACAAGGGAGGUCCCACCAGAAUCAAUUAUCGGAAGCUUUAGCAACACAAAGGAGGUCUCACCAGAAUCAACUUUCAAUGGACUGGUCUCUCUUCCAAAUUUGGAGAAUCUUACAAUAAGUUCACUUUCUUGCAAAAGGAUAUGGCAAGACCACCUCUGCGUAACAUCUUCAAACUUAACAAGCUUGACCGUUCAUAGGUGCCGUAAUUUACAAGGUUUGUUUACAUCUUCAACAGUUAGAAGUCUUUUGCAACUCAAAAACAUUGAGAUAAAGAAUUGUAAGCUUUUUGAAGAGAUAAUUCUCACCGAGGAAUCUGUAAAAGAAACAAAGGGGACAACAGAGAUACUAUUCCCUAAACUGGAAAGUUUGAGGCUUAAAGGUCUUCCGAAGUUGAAUAGAUUUUGUGUUGGGCAUCAAAUUAAAUUUCAGUCUCUUAAACAAUUGCAUAUUAAAAAUUGUGCUGCUCUGACUACCUUGGUUGCCGAUAACCGACAAGCUAACUCUCAAACGCGAUUUCUCUUCAAUGGAAUGGUUGAGUUUCCUAAGUUAAAGGAAUUGCGUCUUUCCAAAAUGAAGAACUUGGAAAAUAUAUGGCCGAGUCAGCUCCCUAAUUCCUUCAGCAGACUAAAAAUCUUGAUAAUUCAAGAUUGUCAAAAGCUAUCAAUGAUUUUUCCAUCAGGAAAUUCAUCUAUAUUCAAAAGACUGGGUUUUUUGAACAUCAAGCGUUGUCAUUCACUGCAAGAAACAUUUCCAUUCCAAGAACCAGCGAGAGAAAUGAGCAAUUACUCACCUGAAGAAUUCGAAAAUAUAUUGAGUAUGGUCGAGCCUCAAACAAGUUUUACUUUUGAAGAUGUGCAGUUGGUGGAGGUUGCUGAUCAUGGACAUUCGAAAAAUAUAUUUUCAAGCCCUACAGCCACAAACUUUUCUCAGCUUGAAAGCUUAACAAUACGAAGAUAUAAGUCGAAGGAAUUGUAGCGAAAGAUGAAAGUGAAGGAUUGAACCCUAAUUUUAAAUUUUCUGAACUCAGUUCUCUUACACUUGUCUAUUCAAACUGUUUGUACCAGCGGGAAUGGACAGUCAUGUGCUGAUAUAAACAUUAAAAAAAAGUUUAUACAAUGGUUUAAGACAAUUUCUAAAACAUAA